CCAAAACUUAGCCGACUGUCUUGACCUAACCUUUUGUUUGCUCUCUCGUGUCUCACACUUGAUAAUUAGUGAAAUAAUUUCGACAAAAAGAAAAGCUAAUUAGUGAAAGAAACUAGUACGUACACACGGUUUCAAGAGAUUAAUUAAGAUGCAUAGAUCGGCAAGCUGGAGCCGGGUAGCGGAUGAGUACUUCAUGCACUCAACUUCGUCAUCAGCCGGCCGGGAAGGGGCCGUCAGGGCUGCGAGUGUCGGUGUCAUUUGAUCAAGGCGGAGAUCAGCUGCCCAUAUACGAUCCUGUAGCUGAGUUGGCCAAGGAGAGGUCUCGCGUUAAGUUUUCGGAGAAUGCAUGCAUGUCAAUAUCCCCUUUGUGCUUCUUCUAUGUGGCCGUUUUGUUAUUUGGUUUUUCUCUAAUCCAGGACCUUCGAGACCAUUCGAUCAGACCCAGAUUUCUUCCUCUCCGUCCUCCGAGCAUCAUCACUGCAUGUCAGAAUUCAAAACUCUCAAUCGUCCUUGUAUUACUCUUAUACAACAGAACUAAUGAUAUCAGAUGAUAAUAAUUUACGACUCAGAAAAGUAAACCAUACGAUUUAAGGAGACGUCUCGUGAAUCAAGAAGCAAUAUAGCCAGCUAGAAAAGUCAACAUGAAGCGUGUUCAAAACCUUGAAAAUUUGGCAGCUUUUGUUUGUUUGUUUGUUUUUUUCAUCAUCUUGUCAAUCUUCUAUGCAAAUUAAUUUACUCAUUAUUCUUUACACGCUU